CUUGCUUGCUGCAAAGCUUGUCGACAGACCUGAGCGGUAGACGGGAGCCAGCCACAGCGCAAGGCUCGGGACACCACACCAGACGCGCAUACGCACACGCGCAUCACGUACAAAGCAGACGUCAUACAAAUUACACGCACACAAACACAAAAUGGCAGAGGCGCAGCUCCACGAUUUCCCGUCGCUCUUCUCCCUCAAGGGCAAGGUCGCCGUCGUCACCGGCGGGUCGCGUGGCCUCGGCCUGCAUGCCGCUUCCGCCUUCCUGCAAGCCGGCGCCUCCACCGUCUUCAUCUCGUCCCGCAAGGCCUCGGCCUGCGACGAGGCCGUCGCCGCGCUCAACGCCCUCCCCAACCUCGCCCCGGGGGCGCGCGCCAUCGCCGUCCCCGCCGACUCGAGCACCCAGGCCGGCGUGGACGACCUGCUCGCCCAGGUGCGCCGGCACACGGACAAGGUGGACAUACUCUUCGCCAACGCCGGCGCCACCUGGGGCGAGGCCUUUGACGCCCACCCGGACAAGGCCUUUGCCAAGGUCAUGGACCUCAACGUAAAGGCCGUCUUCAACACCAUCCGUGACUUUACGCCGCUGCUCGAGGCUGCCGCCGCCGCCAACGAUGGCCCCAAUGGAGGAAGAGGCGAGCCCAGCCGCGUCAUCAUCACCGCCAGCGCCGCCGGGCUCGGCGUCGGCACCAUCGGCAAGCAGGGCACCUACGGCUACUCGGCCAGCAAGGCCGCCGUCAUCCAUCUCGGCCGCAACCUCGCCAUCGAGCUCGGCCCCCGCCGCAUCACCGUCAACUCCAUCUGCCCGGGCUUCUUCCCCAGCAAGAUGUCCAACGGCCUGCUCGAGAUCUCGGGCGGCGCCGACAAGGCUGCCCAGGGGAACCCCACCGGCCGCCUGGGCCGCCCCGAGGACAUUGCCGGCGUGGUCGUCUACCUCGCCAGCAGGGCCGGCUCCCACGUCAACGGCGAGGCCAUCGCCAUCGACGGCGGCGCUGUCUGGGUCCGCGGAGAGCUCAUGCGGCCCGGCGAGGCGAAACUGUAGCAUACAUAGCAGCUUGACUGGGCGCGUCCGAGACUGUAAAUGGAAAGACGUGGAAAAUUGGUAGUCUCCGGGCCAUCAUGGCCCAGCCACCCUAGGGAAUCGAGUCUAUUUCUAUUCGUG